CAGGAUCAUGGCCCUUUCUUUGUCCGGUGCUUCCCUCGUGUCACCCAUUGGCCCCUUUUAAGUUAUCGACUCGAUCUCUAUAUCUUCCCCACCGCAACCUCGGUCUACGGAAUUUCUCAAUUCAAGCAGACAAUCUUCGCUCAGUCGGAUAGUCGUUGCUCAGACCUACCAUACAUGUACAAAUCCGAUCGUUGCACGCCUUUCUUACUCAUGGCUGCCUCGACUCACGGUCGCCCCGCCGAUGAUGGCACGCAGCCCCUCCUAGAGGCGCAGGAAUAUCACUCUUGCUCCUGGGUGCUGCUCGAAGAUCACCCACUUCGCUCUCAUCCGACUGAAUGCUGUCCAGGAAUCUGGUGGAUGCUUCAGCAGUGGUAUGCCACCUUUCGGAAGCUCUGGGGCGAUCGCAUCUUUUCAAUCAUCUGCUUGCUGUUGAUGUUUGGGGUGAUGGUGCAAUUCUUAUCUUUCCUGCCCGAUGGCUUGUCUUAUCUAUUUUUCCGGCAGCACUACACAGCCCAGGCAGGGUUUCUUCAUUGGCCUGCAGAGUUUGAUGGGCAACCCGCUGCCUGCAUUGCCUACAAUCCACGAUCGCAUCCGGACGCCAUUCAGUAUGUCAUCGCGGCGGGCUGUACGGGGAUCAAAGCGGACAUCUGGCUCCAGGAUGAGGAGCUCUAUGUCGGAACCUCCAACGCCAGUCUGAGACCGCAUCUCACCCUGCGCAAUGUGUACCUUGGCCCUCUCUUGCAGCAUCUUGACGCAGAAAAGUCUCCAGAGGGCUCUGUACAGUCUAUCGCGACGAGCCAUCACGGAACUGCAACGGACGAGCAGUUUGUUCUAUUCUUGGAAUUUCGAUCGCCGAUUCGGGAUGGCUGGCCACGUCUUCUCGCUGAGCUGCAAACCUUGAACGAACGAGGGUAUCUCACCCAUCGCAACGACACAAAGAUUGUUCACAAGGCUGUCACGAUCGUCAUCGUGGGUGACGAGAGCGUCGACCCUGCUCACGAAGAGUACCAGCAAGAUUUCAACCACGACAGUAUCUUUGUCGAUGACCAAUUGUUCACGAAAAGAUCCAAGUCAUCGUCUAGGCUUCAAGGAAAUAAAGCCCAAACAUUCAAAAGCAAAGGAAGUCAAUCUCGACCGUCUUGGCAAGAGGGGAAGAAUUCGACCUCGAAAGAGGUACAGCAGAAUGUGCGAUCGGUUUUCACCACGACCGUGAGCUUCAGUGCGGAGGUUGGAUCUCCUCAUCGAGGACGAUUUUCUCGACAACAACUCGAUUUGAUCCGGGCCCACGUGGAGCAAGCCCACAAACGCGGGCUAAAGGCGCGAUUUGGAGACAUCCCGUGUGGCUCGCAGAGGAUGCAACGUUUGAUUUGGAGAGUCUUGGUCAAGGCCGGCGCAGACCUCAUUGAUGUAGACUGGACCGGCUGUCAUCGUCAAGCAUGGCGGCAGUUCUUUACGACAGGGCUGGCUUAGGAAGAUAUAAUCACGAUCCUCUCUUGGGCCCUAGUUGAUAGUAAUGACAAGCUCUGUACAUAUUGAUAAUGGAGAUGUCUAGUGCAAGGGCUGAUAAGUGCUCGGGGCCGGUUUCCACCUCGGCCGACAAAUUGAAUACUAAAGGUUAUCUAUGACUGGUGCACGGAUCGUUGGUCGUC